UCAAAAGAACUACUCUGUGCUCUUUCGGCCUCCUCAGCAUCAGAGCUUUCUGAAGCAACAACAGGCGAUGCGUCUGCUGUGAAUAAAAGCGCUGCAGAGGAUUCCAGUUUGAACUCAACACCACAACUACAACAUCAGCUGGAACUGCAGCAGGGACUGUGAGCGAGUACUGAAAGUAAACAGGAGAUGUUUGCGUCUAAAACUAAAGCACUUGUGAAGAAUCUGGGCGCUGAGGGCGACCUCAUCGAUAACGACAAUGUGAACGAAAAAAUUGAGAUGCUGACUCUGGUCAAAGUCAGACAGAGAAGAUUCUGGCCAGUAAUCAAGUACACGACCACGGACCUAACACUGCUCGACCUCCUGGAGGAACCAAACUAUUCACCAGAAUACACAGAGGAGGUUUUGGCUGAGGAUUUUAACAAUCUGAUACGCAUAUGUGGGAAUGGCAGUGUUGGAGCAGGAGCACAUGAUGUCGAAUUGAAAGCCAGUGCAGAAACAGACACUGUGGACGGAGUGUCACCCAUCACUCUGAAGAAAAAGACAGUGGACAUCGAAAAACUGAGGAAGAACUACACAGACAAGAAGGUAAAGAAAAAGUUUGUGGACAUGCUUAAACUGAAGGAGGAUGAAAAGCUGACUUUUGUCUACCAGUCAGUCUACAACACUACGCCGGUUAAGUUUUUUGACAUUGCCAUAAACCAGGGCUCUACGUCAGCAGCAUUUAAAAUAUACUUCCAACUGUGUGUGACGGGCAAAAAGAAAGAGAAGACAACCUUCAUUGUUCCAGAAGAAUCCACCUUCGCUUACAGUCUAAUGGAGAUAACAACUGAGGAUGGGACCCUGGGAAUCCCUCCAAGAACCAGGAAUGUGAGACGUUAUAAUGAAGAAUGGUGGCGCUUCAGCUCAGACGGCGAAGGCGACUGUGAGACCUUCCAACGGGUGAAAGGAGAGAUUAAGAUGAAAGAAGUUCUCCUGCAGCCUCUGGCAGAUCUGUCUGCGCCGACCCGUGAUGUUCUCCUGAAAACACUCCAUAUGAUUGUGGAGACCAGGAACGAUCUCUCUCUGCUGGUGGAUCAGCUCAGUACGGGAGCGUCUGAUGGUCCGCAGUCUCAGCACGUCUCCUCAUUCAUGGACCUUCUCAAGGCCUCCAACGCCUCGACCGCUCAGAAGGACGCCAUUGACCUGUUGGUCAGCGCGAUGGACACUCUGCCAGACUCUGUGCCUGCACUGCUGACCACCUGCAGUCCUGAUACUCUGAGAGUCCUGAACCAGCUGGUGAGCAGUCUUGGCAAAGAGGCCAAACUCCCAGAGUCACUGCCUCCUCCCCUGCAGGAGGAGGGGAAGCUCCGCUGGGCAGCCGAGCUCCUCUGUUCCACCGGCGGCACCCUGCAGGAGCUGAAUGAGCAGUGGUUCAGACCCAAGCUGCCAGCAGGAGCGCUGCUGGAGGUGCUGUGCCUCGUCGUGCGGGGACUCAGCAUCAUACAGCACAUCAUGUAGUAAAAGAAAUAACAUCAGCUCUGAUCUCAGAAUCACAAAGAUUAACCCCUGUAUCAUUUAUCAGUUUCAGUUCCCAGGUGUUUAUGUGUGGUGGUUUGUAUGAUACUGAAGUUAAAAAGAGUCAGUGGAACAAACAUCCACUGUAUAUACCUCCUGGAAGGCUCCUCUUGGAAUAGAAAGGAACUGUACUUAAAGCAACAUUAUGUAAGAUUUGGUAUUUGUGUGGUUUGGGGCCCAGAUGAACAACAGCUAAUAUUUCUGAUCACAGCAAGAAGGCAGCUCGCCAUCCGUCAACGUCCUCUGAGCUCUCUGAGCCUCUGACAUUAGCCCGGUUACACUGCCCAACACCCGGUCCCGGGUAGCACGGCUAACUUAAGUAGCUAACUAGCUUCAGUGUCCAUCAGGAAACUGUAAAGUACAGAGAGUUGUGGUGUUAGAGCCGUAAAGAGGCACAGACACCCUGUUAGUCAGCGUAACAUCAGGAUGAUACUGUAGCUACAAAAGUUCAUCAUGUUGCUUUAAGUACAACUUUGAGGUAGAGUACUUGAACCUGAGUAUUUCCUUUCUGUCUUGUGGCCUUUCACAUAGAAUCAGUGAAGGAUCCUGUUUGUCUCUCUCUGUAUUAUCACUGCUAUACAAUCACUGCGCUGACUUCAAGGGAAUUAAUACUUGCUUAUAUCUUAUGUUAUGUAUCUUUAUCUUAAUGAUGAUUUGGUGUGCAUUAACCUUUAAAUCAUUUUUUUGUUUGAAAGGUGGUAUAUAAAUAAAAUGUUCUUUAUUGAUUCAUA